CUGUGUUCAAUUUGUUUUGAAUGUAAGCAACUGCUACAAUGCCGAAGAGAGGGAGAAAGGUAUGUCGAUAACCUAUAUUUUUUACAGCUACAAAACUAGAAUUUCUUACCGGAUAAGAUACUGUAGAAGUCGUGUUUCAAACGGUGCUAACUUGUGUGUGUAUUUGUUUCUUUUAACAUGGAACUAGAAGAAGAGGUCAAUCCCCAUAACCAUCGAGAACGCCAGGUGAAAUGACAUUAGAAAACUGAGGCCCACAUAGAUAGUAUUUAAUUCUAAUAUCUAAUUCUAUGUUUAGGCCUAUAUGAAAUGUAUUCCCAGAAAAUAAUCAAAUUAAUUAUCAAAAAUUGACAUUCAUGUCAUAUGAAACCCUAGCUGACUAAACUCAACUCUAUGGUGAAGGACAUUUCUGAUGAACUCCACCAACAGAGUGGAGCAGAGACCAGUCAGGCUUUGUGGAAUUCAGCUCUGACUACAUUGAUUCGCCCAAGGUCAAUAUUUAAAAAAUAAAUAAUAAUAAAACGCUUACCUUGUACCUAUGUUUGUCCUUUGUAGUUGUGUGCCUCUCUUUGUUUGCUGAAAUCCAUACUUUUUCAAUAAACGUUAAUCAAAUACAGCCACCUACUGUUUCCUUAAGAUUCAAUUGGCACAUGCGCAUUUGUACUGAGUUGCCAUCUUAGAGCAACAGCAAUGAGCAAACAGUCAGUGGUUGUAUUUUAUUAGCGUUUAUUGAAAAAGUAUGGAUUUCAGCAAAUAAAGGCACGCAAUUACAGAGGACAAACGUAGGUACAAGGUAAGGGUUUCAUUAUUUACAUUUUUUGAAGUAUUGAUCUUUGGGCGAAUCGAUGUUGUCGGAGCUGGAUUCCACAAAGCCUGUUCAUCAGAAACUUCCUUCACCAUGGAGUGGAGUUUAGUCAGCUAACACAUAGCUGACUAAGACCUAUAUGGUCAUAUAUCUGCAGGAACAAUGAGAAGACACCUGACUCAUUACGCCAUUACGCAGGAACAUUUGUGGUGAGCCAUCAACUGUGAACUAUGCCUUUGCUCUGUGUAUGUGCUUUCACUGUAUAAACAUUUGCCUUGACUUUGUAUUAAUAAAACUGCAUCAUCUUAAACAUACAUCUUGCAUUUACUUGUAGGAAUGCAUUGCCCAGUCAACCACUGCUUUCUCUCAGGAAGAUGUUUCCGGUGUAGGCCUACAUACCAUCUUCGGGAAGACGGCAGAGGGCCUUCUCCAAAAAGUGUGCGGAGGGGUCUCAGGCGUCCUGAACAAAUAUUUGUUUGAGGCGGGGGCGUUGUCUGAUUCGGUCAUCCCAGUACAUCUCUUGCCUGUAGCUCCAAAUGGGGACAAUCAGAAAAUGGAAAAAAGAUGGCAGGACUGCACUGAGGAGGACUGUGAACUUAUAAUUAUCCGACUGACAGGGACUGUAAUUAUUGCCAUGUUGGAUAGCUUUAUGGAGAGUUGCAGGACGGACACCACACACAGUUCAUUCGUAGAAGAACUGGGGCUCACUGUGGAAAUGGAAAAGGUCAUACGUGAAGUAGCGGAAUGUGCAGCAAACGCCACAACCUCCGAUUUCAGUCAGUUCACUGUCGGAGGAGUUCCUCUCUUUCAGAGACCACUGAGCAAUCUCUCUUCUGGGCCCAGUCAACCAGCACACCCCCAAAAUGCCUUGCCAACAUUCACUGUUCCCACACCUGUUUCAAAGGUGAACUCAGCCAGUCCCAAAUCCACUGGCUCAGGGAAAGGGUCCUCACAAGUCAGGAAGCCAAGACAAUCAACAGAAGGAGUUCAGAGACUCUCCGAAAGGCAGCAGGACCCAGGGGAGGAGAUCACAUCUCUAGUGAUUGAAACCAUUCUACGGUCUGUUGCUGAUUUAGGCAGGCAUGGACUUCUGCCAAGCUGCACCCAGUAGACAGGAUGGCCCCUUUUUUAUGGUGAUGCAGAGAACAAAUGCUUGAAGCCAAUUCAUAAAAGCACUAAUUAAACAAAUAUGUUGUUAAAAGGCGAGUCAGCA